UUCGUUAGCCGGCUCGACUCGCAGACUUUGCUGCAGAGCAUAAAACUAGAGGCAAAUGCUGGAGUGACUAAUCAAGUACAGCAACUAGACGCGUUCUGGGAUCACUUGUGCGCGAGCGUCGUUGGAGCGCAAGCAUUUUCUGCGCAUAUCUUCAUCGGUGUUUGUAGUCAGGGACCAAGGCCUUCAACGUAUGUGAGAAACGCAGACAUGACCACUACCUGGUGCUUAUCCUCCCUUAUGGAUUGGCGAUGGGUCACAACCGCGUUGGUCUUCAUAGUGACGUACCUGUUGGGUCGCUUCUACCACCAUGUGUCCAGGUACCCGAAGGGACCCUUCCCACUUCCCCUUGUGGGUAACAUGCUGGCCUUGCGCAACGUGACCGACCUGCACGCAAAGUCAACCGAAUUGUCGAAGACGUACGGCGACGUCUUCACCUUGUGGAUGGCCCACAGGCCUAUGGUGAUGCUGAACAGCUACGCUGUUAUUCGGGAAGCACUGGUGGAGAGGCGACAUGAUUUCGCCGGCCGCUUUCCGACUAGAACAGCUGUGUUGCAAAACCAAGGCAACCACGAUAUCGUGUUCGAGGAUUACAACCCCCACUGGAAGGCUCUUCGGAAAGUGGCUUUGUCAGCGGUGAGAAAGUACGCGGUCAGUGAGUCUCUGGAACAUCUUUGUGCCGACAUUGUGGACGCCUUUGUGGAUUCCUUAGAAGAAGGGCCACAGGUCAUGGACUUCAGGAAACCUCUCUUCUCAUUGUUCUGCAAGGUCAUAGGAGUAUCUAUAUACGGUAGAAGGCUGCACGAGGAACAAGAUGACAUCGAACGCCUGGAGAACAUCAACCACCGGUUCUACGAAAUCUCACCCAACGGCCUGCCCAGCGAUAUCGCUCCCUUUCUGGCCAUUCUUUAUCUCAGGACAGAGAAAAAGAUGGCAGCGGUGUUCCGCGAACUCGGGGAGAUUCUUCACAGGCUCUUCUCGAAAGCCGAGGCUAACUACAUCCCAGGUAGCGUCGAGAACUUCACACACGCUAUGCUGGCCGCCCGAGAGGAAGCCAUCAAGGAGGACAAAGCUGAUGCGCAGUACCUGACCAAACCCAGCAUGAUCCUUGCUACAGUGAACCUCUUCAACGCUGGAUCGAACACAUCGACGGGCACACUUCAGUGGCUGCUGCUACGAAUAGCAACAGAAGAAAGCCUUCAAGCCAGGAUUCGAAAAGAAAUAGAAGACAACAUAGGGAGCCGGCCACCCGCGUACGGGGACCGUGAGAAACUUCCUUUCACCAUCGCCUGUCUGCUAGAAACACUGAGGAUGCACCCCGCAACGCCUCUCGGAAUACCGCAUAAUACAACCACAGACACUCGAGUCGGCAAGUGGGACAUACCCAAGGACACAGGAAUGUUGUACAACAUCUACGCCGUGCACCAUGACCCAAAGAACUGGGAGGAGCCCGAGGAGUUCCGUCCCGAACGGUUCCUCGAUCCCGUGACGGGAAAAGUGUGCACCGACGUUGGUCCUCUGAUCACCUUCGGUCAGGGAGCCCGCAGCUGCCCGGGAGAGAAGUUGGCAAAAAUGGACGUGUUCUACAUUUUCGUACGACUCGUACAGAGGCUCACCGUUAGUGUGCCUAGCGCGUCCUCGGACGUAAACUGGAACGGAAAGGGUUCGAGCUUGUUCUUGCACCCUGCUCGGCAAAAUAUUGUAUACACGAGAAGACGCUAAAUACACUUCGUACUAUACACAAAU